CAUCAAACCGGUGUGUGCAUAAUUAUUUUGUUUUUGUUUAUUUAUUUAUCAAACACAAAGUAACUGUUGUAAAUAAUGUCAACUCCAGCAAAAAUAAAAAAAUUAGAUGAAGUUGUUGUCAAUAGAAUUGCUGCUGGAGAAGUUAUCCAGAGACCAGCAAAUGCACUAAAAGAAUUAAUUGAAAACAGUCUUGAUGCAAAAUCAACAAAUAUUCAAAUAACUGUCAAAGAUGGUGGACUAAAAUCUCUUCAGAUCCAAGACAAUGGUACUGGAAUUAGAAAAGAAGAUAUGGAAAUAGUAUGUGAAAGAUUUACGACAAGUAAACUUCAAAAAUUUGAAGAUCUUAAAUCAAUUUCAACAUUUGGAUUUCGUGGUGAAGCAUUGGCAAGUAUAAGUCAUGUUGCCCACUUGACAAUUACCACAAAAACAUCAUUGAGCAAUGUUGCUUACAAAGCAUCAUAUACUGAUGGAAAAUUAAAAAAUGAUAUUAAAUCAAUUGCUGGUAAUCAGGGUACAACAAUUCUCAUAGAGAAUUUAUUUUACAAUGUUGUAACAAGAAUUAUGCAACAAGAAUGGCAACAGCAAUUCGUAACAAGAUAUGCAAUUCAUAAUCCACAUGUUGGUUUUACACUAAAAAAACAAAACGUUAUGCCAACCUAAACCCAUUACAAAACAACAAGCAAUAACAAUUGCUAGAAACGAAUGACAUUAUUAUUAUUUAUUAAUCAUAGACUUGUUGAUUCAACACCAAUUAAAAAAAUGCUAGAAGAUUUAUAUUCAAUUUAUUUACCAAAAAAAACUCAUCCUUGGUGUUAUAUAUCAUUGGAAAUUGAUCCAAAUAUUGUUGAUGUUAAUGUUCAUCCAACAAAACAUGAAGUAAGAUUUCUUCAUGAGGAUACAAUAAUUGAAAUUGUCAAAGGUGCAUUGGAUGAAAAAUUAUCAACAAAUACAUCAUCAAGAACAUUUUAUGUUCAAGCAAGAUUACCACAAGUUGAUAUAACCAAAGAAGAUCUUGAAGAAGUAUUGCCAGAAUACAGUAAAGAUAAAAAUAAAGAUGAUAAAAAAUUGUAUGCUAAAAAUAUGAUUAGAACAGAUGCUAAUGAUCAAAAAUUGGAUAAAUUUAAUUUUACAAUUAAUGCAAAACAUGAUGAAUCAAUUGCGGAUAAAACUAAUGAUGAAUCAAUUGUUGAUAAAAUAAAUGAUGAAUCAAUUGUUGAUAAAAUUAGUGAUGAAUCAUUGAAUAACAACUUUCAGCUUACUUGUCCUAGCGAUGCUCUGACAACACCAGAACCAACACAAUCAAAUGAACGAGGAAAUCCUCAAGGAAAUUGGGCUAAAAUUCUUGAUGAUUCAUCAUCUCAAUCAUCAAAUUCAACAAAUGCUCCUACUGAUCCUCCAAUUACUGUUGAAAUAUUAAAACCAAAUGAUAAACAAAAUGAAGAUAUUAUUCCAGAUGAUUCUUUUGUACUUAUGGAUAGUGAUGAUGAGCCACCUCAAGAUAAUUCUAAAUCUAAUGUCGUUGAUCCAGCAAUAAAAACAGUUGUUCCACAUAUUGAAUUACAAGAAAAACCUCAAGCUGAUGAAGAAACAAAUGAAAAUAUUAACAAUAAAAAUACUAAAAGCAUAGAAAAAGCAAAAGAAAAAGAAAAAAAUGUUGACGUUUCAAGCCCAGAUAAUAAUCAAGUUGAUGAAUCAAUAAAAUCAAAUGAUAAAAUUGAACCAAGUCAAUUGAGUGAAUUUAAAUCUUAUUCAAUAAAUAAUUUUCGACGACCAGUUAAACUAACAACUGUUUUACAAUUACGUAAAGAUGUAGAAGAUAAUUAUCAUGAAGGCUUGAAAAAAAUACUUUCUGAAAUGUCAUUCAUUGGAUGUGUUAAAAAUGAUCUUGUUUUAUUUCAAAGUGAUGUCAAUCUUUACAUUUGUAAAACAAGAAUACUUGCUGAAGAACUUUUUUACGAAAUUAUGCUUUAUGAUUUUGCAAAUUAUGGAGUUUUGAAAUUUUCAGAUCCUUUGUCAUUAACAGAUCUGGCAAUGCUUGGAUUGAGCACAGAAGAAGUAGGAUGGACAGAAGACGAUGGACCCAAAGAAGAAAUUGCUCAAAGAGUAACAAAUUUACUUAUUGAAAAAGCACCAAUGUUAAAAGAAUAUUUUUCAAUUGUCAUUGAUUCAAAAGGUUAUCUAAAAUCAUUACCAGUAUUAUUGGAUAAAUAUUUACCAUGUCCAGGUGAUUUACCAGUUUAUAUUCUUCGUUUAUCAACUGAGGUCAAUUGGACUACUGAAAAAGAAUGUUUUGAUGGUAUUUGUCGUGAAACUGCAAAGUUUUUUAGUCAUGUUGAUUAUAGUAAUGAACAAUAUGAUUCUAAACACAUGAUUGAACAUGUUCUUUAUCCAGCAAUUAAAGAAAGUCUAUUACCACCAAAACAUUUUUCACAUGAUUCAACAAUUCUUCAAGUUGCAAGUCUUCCAAAUUUAUAUAAAGUCUUUGAAAGAUGUUAAUAUAUAAUUAUUAAU